GAAAUAUUGCAAGUGGUGUCCUAUAAGCGAGAGAGACCGCACUGAGAGAGAGAGAGAGAGAGAGAGAGAGAGAGAGAGAGAGAGAGAGAGAGAGAGAGAGAGAGAGAGAGAGAGACUGCUGUGGCACGAGCCUUGGGAUCCUCUUCAGUGCAGGCUCAGGGCUUCAAAAUAAAACCACUGCAUCCGUGUAUUUUAAGCAUUUAUGGAUGCUGUUGCAAAAACCAUGAAGGCUAAACGGAAGAUCCCCGCGCUGGUUCUCAGUGUGAGCCUCUACUUUCUGUUGCGAGCAUCAGAUACCAAGUGAAACCAGGAGAUAGCACCACGCACGCGCGUCAAAAGAGAUUGGACACCUGAUUUUGUUGGGUGUCUUUAGAGCGCUAUUUUACAUUUUAACUCAAACAGCCCGUGUUUUUGAAGGCCUUUGCGCUGCAGCGGGACAGCACCGGUGGAUUAUAACCAGCAUGGACAUAUGGGCAAAAGAGGACAGAUCACUGCGUUGACUUUUGAGGCAGCGCGUCGAGUCUUGACGCUAUAGCGUUACGCAUUUAUUUUACUGUGAAUGUUUUCUUUUUUUACCCCCUCCUGUUUGAAUUGUUCCCCCCGCUGCAUCUCAACAUAAUUAAAGUCAAAUAUCUGUGGAUAAGGAGCAGCGCUGGGUGUUGUCAGAGAGGGAUGAGAGGAGGAGGAGGGGGCAGUAUGAGGUGUGCUUUUUUUGGAAAAGCCGGAGAAAGACAGACACCGAGAAGGUGUACUGAUGUGCGAAAGCCUGCGACGCGGUACCCCCCUGAGAAAUAAUUGCGAUCCGGGAGGAAAUGGCCUAGUUUGAACAUCAUCGACACGCCGGCAGAGGAUAGAAAAGAAGAAGAAGAAUCGUGUUUAGAUACAUGGACGGGCCAUCACCAUCAUCAUCAUCGUCAUCAUCAUAAUUCUGGUGCUUGCAUCGAGUCUUUGAGGUGUAAUUGGCUCCCUGACGGCAGCUCUACACCCAUCAGGAGAUCCAAAGAGGAAGACGGAUGAGACCACAGCGUCUACCAGAGAAUGCUACCUGUCCCUUUGCCUCACCAUGUCACCAUAGGAGAACUUUUAACCUGUCCCUGUCCACAAAUCCUCCUUUUUUCCUUUGUUAACCCCAGUAAACCACUGAGUUUGUGAUCCUUCUCUGCACCCAUCCUGAAGUGAAAUGACUAAAAGAGCUUUUAUUUUGGACAUGUUGUUUUUUCCUCUCAAUGCUGCCAGCCACCAGGGCUAUGGUGGGAAGCGUCAUUAUACUUCUCAGCAGGUCGCUAAUCACUGUCUGUUGUGGCUACUGGGACUGGUUUUACACCUCACUCUCUCAACAUGUCAACGAGUGGACCUGAAACACCCCAUAGUAUCCACGGGCUACGGGAAGGUGCGCGGGAUCAAGAAGGACCUCAACAAUGAGAUCCUGGGUCCCGUGGAACAGUACUUAGGUGUGCCAUAUGCCACCGCACCUGUCGGGGAGCGCCGUUUCCAGCCUCCCGAAGCUCCAGGAUCCUGGCAGGAGAUCCGCAACGCUACACAGUUUGCACCAGUGUGUCCCCAGAAUGUGCACGGGGUUUUACCUGAGAUCAUGCUGCCUGUAUGGUUCACAGACAACCUGGAUGCUGCAGCAACUUAUGUUCAGAACCAGAGUGAGGACUGCCUUUACCUCAACAUCUACGUACCCACUGAAGACGGUCCGCUCACAAAAAAACAGGAUGAGUCUACGAUGAACAGACCAAGGGAUGAAGAUAUUCGGGACCGUCGCAAGAAACCGGUGAUGCUCUUCAUCCACGGGGGCUCCUACAUGGAGGGCUCAGGGAACAUGUUCGACGGCAGCGUCCUUGCUGCCUACGGAAAUGUCAUCGUGGUCACCAUGAACUAUCGUCUGGGCGUGCUCGGUUUUCUCAGCACAGGGGACCAGUCUGCAAAGGGGAACUAUGGCCUGUUGGACCAGAUCCAGGCCCUGCGCUGGCUCAAUGAAAACAUUGGCCACUUUGGAGGAGACCCAGAGAGAAUCACCAUUUUUGGUUCAGGAGCUGGUGCUGCCUGUGUGAACCUGCUCAUCCUCUCCCACCACUCAGAGGGUUUGUUCCAGAGGGCCAUCGCACAGAGCGGCUCAGCCAUCUCCAGCUGGGCGGUCAACUACCGACCCGUCAUGUACACCAAGAUCCUGGCGAGGAAGGUCGGCUGCACUCUGGGGGACAUGGCUGCCUUGGUAGACUGCCUGCGGAGGAAGAGUUUCCGGGAGCUGGUGGACCAAGACAUUCAGCCUGCACGCUAUCAUAUUGCCUUCGGGCCGGUAGUGGAUGGAGACGUGGUGCCUGAUGACCCAGAGAUCCUCAUGCAGCAGGGGGAGUUCCUGAACUACGACAUCCUGCUUGGUGUCAACCAAGGAGAGGGCCUGAAGUUUGUGGAUGACAGUGAAGGGGAAGAUGGCAUAUCUGCAGCAUCGUUUGACUAUACAAUCUCCAAUUUUGUGGACAAUCUGUAUGGAUACCCUGAUGACAUCCUGAGGGAGACUAUAAAGUUCAUGUACACUGACUGGGCUGACAGGGACAACAGUGACAUGCGUAGGAAGACCCUCCUGGCUCUGUUCACAGACCAUCAGUGGGUGGCCCCUGCUGUCGCCACUGCCAAGCUGCAUGCUGAGUUCCAGUCACCUGUCUUCUUCUACACCUUCCACCAUCACUGUCAGACCGAGGCGAGGCCUGAGUGGGCGGACGCUGCCCAUGGAGAUGAGAUCCCCUAUGUGUUUGGGAUCCCCAUGAUGGGAGCCACUGACAUGUUUCCCUGUAACUUCUCCAAGAAUGACGUGAUGCUCAGCGCUGUGGUCAUGACGUACUGGACCAACUUUGCAAAGACAGGGGAUCCAAACCUACCAGUUCCUCAGGACACCACAUUCAUCCACACCAAGCCAAACCGCUUCGAGGAGGUCAUCUGGACCAAGUUCAGCUCCAAAGACAAGCAAUACUUACACAUCGGCCUAAAGCCUCGGGUCAGAGACAACUACCGCGCCAACAAGGUGGCCUUCUGGCUGGAGCUGGUGCCUCAUCUGCACAGCCUCCACAAGGAAUUCAUCAGCUCCAUCACAACCCGACUGCCUCCCAGAGGAAACAACCCCUGGAAAGCUCCUCAACGCCCUGGCAGCCACUCCACACCCGCGCCACCUCUACCACCAGAUCCAGACCCUGACAGCUCAGAGAGACCCCGCAUCUCCCCCUUCCCAUCCGAGACAAGGGAUUACUCCACCGAGCUUAGCGUUACUGUGGCUGUGGGCGCUUCCCUCCUUUUCCUGAAUGUGCUGGCCUUUGCCGCGCUGUACUACAAACGGGAUAAACGUCAUGAACUCAUGCAGAGACGCCAUCGCCGACUGUCUCCGCAGCGUGGUACCACCAUGGGUAUGGGCGUGGGCAUGGGAGUGGUCGGGGCCCCACCGCACAACGACCUGGCACUGAGUCAGGAGGAGGAGCUCAUGUCGCUGCAGAUGAAGCAGCAGAGAGUGGAGCUAGAGCACGGUACACCUCUCCCAUCCCGCGCCCUCCACGGUGACCUGGAGCCCCUCCGGCCGCCCGUGUGCCCACCUGACUACACGCUGGCCCUACGGAGGGCUCCUGAGGAUGUGCCACUGAUGACAGCCAACACCAUCACCAUGAUCCCCAGCACCAUCAGCGGCAUGCAGCCCCUCCAUCCCUUCAACACUUACCCCCCUGUCCCGGCCCCGUCCACUACACCCGUCCCCAGCCACAGCAACAAUGCCCUGCCACACCAACACUCCACCACCCGUGUAUAGGACGAGGCACAACCGCACAAACUGCUCCAUACUACAUCCACCUUCACCAUCCUUUUCUUCUUCACUAUACCUUUGUCUCUUCUCAUCCAGCCCUCCAAAAAAGCUGCAGUUUGUAAGAUUUUAAGCAAUGAAAUACCUCUAAAGAUGUAACCACAAAUCGAGGGGGAGUUAAUUGAAAAAGCUCCUUUGCCAAAAGUCUGUCAUUAAAGGUACAUACUGCUCUGCCUCGCUACAACUCUCUUGCUUAGUCAAGGCGCCAAUCGCAGCUUUACCAGCUCAUCACAAUCAGUCAGUUAUCUUCUGUGUAGCUUGGUUGUUUUGCGCAUGUGUUGAUGUGUCAGUGUAAAACUAUGUUUGACAUAGCUACAUACAUUCAUUCUCAUUCAUUUAGUGGAAAUAUAAUACAGUAGCAAGCAGCUUUGUAUGAGGCAACAUAUGCUCCAACAAGCUGUCUGUCAUAAAGCGGUAAUUUCUUGAAACUUACAAAUUGCAGCUUUAAAGGCCCAAUCUGGAAGUGAAACUUGGCACCCUGUGUGGAGCACUGUGUCCCAACAGCUGUCACUUUGUUCUGAUUUUAGAGACUUUUGUUUGGUGGGAAGUGUAUCGACAGCACCAGAAGUACAAGGAGGAACAAUUCAACUUUAGAGCAUGAGGUUUUUGAGGAUUUUAAAACUUUAUUUCCUCAAAUGUAUGCACCUUUUCAGUUCGGACAUGACAUAAAUGCCAUGAAAAGUUUAUGAAAUCUGUCUACAAGCAAAUGCUGCGUUCAAGUCAUUUCCAGAUUGGGGCUUCAAUUGUUGGGCGCUACAGGAAAUACCUGAAUCAUUCUCAGUCUGUGGGAUGCAACCUGGAAUCCAGGCUGCCCAUUAGAACUUGCUGCAUCUCUGCCAUAAUCACAUCCAUUACUUUAUUUGUUUCUCGCUCAUUAUCUCUCUGUCUGUUACUCCUUCUCAGCCCAUUUAACCACUCCUCUCUUUUCGCUUUUUCUCUCCACAUCUUCCCUCGUAGCUCUUUUUAUUAAUCCAUUGACAUCAUCCAUUUCCAUCUUCAUUUCUCUCCUCUUUCUCGCAAUCACUUCUAGACUCUCUUUUCCUUUUGGAGUCUUUUAUACGAGAAAAAAAAAACACAAAUGUAAAUGAUGUAUUAUUAAUAAAUUGUAAGGAUAUGAAUGAAAAAAAAAGAUAUUCUGAUAUCUCGUUUUUACCAGCAUUCUUGGUGCCAAGUACUGUGAUAAAGAUCCUCUUUCAUUGGCGUCCAGUGGAGCGCCUGGAGAGGUCCAUCCUGACUCUAUCUUACAAAAGGAAAUACCAUCAUAAAAAGUGCCAACCCCUUCAUCUUUCUGUUUGAUCCACACACUUUUUUUUUGUUACACUCAAUGUUGCACUGUGGCUGGUCUCUUCUUUAAAAGGAAAUCAGAUUCAAUAUAUCCUCAUUUAAAAAAAGAAUAUAACGUUUUUUUAACUACUUUGCUGUGUGGGAUAUUUGCAUGUUGUUGUUUUUUUAUUUUACUAAGGGUGUGGACAGGAAAGUGUUUUUAUUUUGUUGAUUUGCCUUGUUCUUCAUUGAUUUUAUUUUAAAAAUCAUUUUCUGUUUUAAUAUCAGCUGCACUUUGUGGUACUUAAAAAGGGUAUUAAAGUAUUAAGAGAUAAUUAUUGUGUAAAACUAUGAUUAUAACAAAGAGAGUAAAUAUUUCCUCUUUAUUUUUUUCAUUUCCUAACACUGAGGCUGUGCCGCAAAAACUACCAGAAAGACUGAUGAAAGACUUUUUUCUUUCUGCCCCCUUUUUGCUCUGUUUCUCUUUAUCUUUUGCAACUGUCAAGUCUGCAGUCACUGUAUCUCAAUCCCACCUGAAGAAAGCACUUUUUUAAGUUACAAAAGAAAAAAAGAAGCUACUACUUUACAUGAAUAGUCUAAAUAAGGUUUUUGUCUGUGACUGACAUUAACCACAUGCUUCAAGUGUUUGAAGACUGCCUGACGGUUUCUCUUUACGUCCGCUCUUUUGUUGUUUCAUGAUUCUCCCCUUGCUGCAGGGCAGGGGUAAAGAUAAGAUAUAUAUUUAUGACGGUCAAAUGGUGAGAAAGCCUUGUACGCGUGUUUCACAUCCUUCGCACAACUGAACACAGAGACGGGUCACACUCUGGACAAUUCUGGAAAAAAAACAAACAGUGACAUUAGGACAACACUGGACAAAUGCCGACGUAAGAUCUCGUCUGCUGAUCUGUCAAUGCACAGAGGAUGCAUUCUUAAAACCUGAUUUAAAAAAAUCUUUAUCGACAGACAUUACUCAUACACCAUACAUCACAAAAAACAAGGGGGUGGGUUCGUCAGUCCUCCUUGUAACGUUCUGUAUCCUGUCUGCUUAGGACAACGACACUUUGGAUCCAGACUGCCAUCCAUCACACUAAACUGGAGCGUGCCGCAAGGACAUAAACAACAAAAACCAACACAUGAAACAAACUGUACAUUUUUUAAGUGUAAGAGAACAAACUGGAAUUUGUAAAUAUUAUGUUUGUCGUUUGGUUUGAGUGAUUGGCCGGAUCUUUUCUUUGUGACAACAGGUGCAAGUUUUGAUGACGUACAUGAUUUAUUAGCACUUAUUGGUAAAUUUGAUUCUACUUUAUUUCCUAGAUCUCAAGAGUAAAUUCCAACAUGUUAUUUGCACAUGAAUACAUCUGUUAGCUUACGAGAGUAAUUAAAAAAAAACUAUCACAGCAUGUUCGAGGUUUAGGAAAAUACAAAAAGGAACUAUUACGGCUCAGGUUAGCCUUUGUAUUUUGGUACAAAGACAUUGUGUAAUUGCAUAUUAUAUGGCUGUCAUAAGCGCGAAGCCCACACUUGGUGUGAUCUCAUCAACCAUGAAGGCAACUAUUGAGUAAAAUGAGUCCUGUGAUUGGUUAAAAAAGCCAAAGAACAACUGCAGAUGAAGGGCUGGAUAAUACGGUUGUUUUAGAGAAAUGAGGCAGAAAAACAGGAGAUAGGACAGUUGUUUCAAAUGUGCCACCACAAAGCCAGGAUUUAUACUUGUGAUGCUUAAUGUUAGUGUCUCACGUAGUCUUAAGCAUCCUCAUACAGUAUUAACCCUUAAAACAAGAGGUAGUAAAGUCCUUUGUAAUCUUUUUGUCUUAUUUCAGACUCUAAUCAUGGUGGUUGUUUUGCUAUUUUUUGCAAUGUUGUCUGCACAUUCUGUUAAAGAAAUUAUUGACCCAGCUGUAUGAUGUAAGUUUAAGUUGCCCACGCUUCUAGAAACAGCAUUACUUAGAUUUUUUAUUUUGUUUGUUAUUUGAAACAAGGGUUUGGACAGCCAACAGGUAACGGAAGCACACUCACCAAGUUUACAUGUUUACACUACAGUUUUUGAUGUUGGCUGGAGGUAAGAAAAAAAAAAUCAGAAAAAGAAAAAGCAUACAAGGAUCCAAAUAUCUUCUUAGUACAACAUUUAUUACUGGAAUGGUUAAGUGAAGGCUUGCACCUGUUUGUCUGUUUCAUUUAGUCUGAUUCAGUAACCUGCUUGAAGCUCAAGAUACUGUGAGAGAGCAUAAUGACCAGAAGGGGUUGAAGAAUUCAAGUUAAUAUUUCUAUUUCAAAUAGAGGCUAUUACACACUGUAUGUUGUGUAUCUGAACUGGAAAAACAUUAAAAGACAUUCUU